CGUAGGCCGACAGAGACAAUAGGGCAAGUCAGGCUGACAGAGGUACUGACGAAGCAGACAGAAGCACCAGCAAAGUGAUAUUAUUGUGCGCCGCUGUGCAUAUUGGCAACAAAGCGUUGAAUCUGCACUAUUCAGAGACACGAUUUUGCACAGAAAAUCAGACCAGUCCUGUAACGGUUUAUCCUGCUAUACAAUUAAAGUUUCUGCGGAACGGAAUGACAGCACCAGCUAUUGCAUGCAGCGCAAUCUGAGAGGAACAACAGCAGUCACCAGAUCCCUGUGCUCCAGGCAUCUCUCCCAGGCAGAAUGAGCUCCUCUCCCCAUGGGUCCCACGGGUCUGGGUCCCGCGCCUCCAUCGACAUCCUGGAGGAGCUGCAGGUCAUUGCUGCCCAGAACCUGGAGAAGCUAGACAUCAGCAAGUACUAUGAGGUCAUCAGGGAGCUGGGUAAGGGUACCUAUGGGAAAGUGGACCUGGUCAUCCACAAAAUCAGGGGCACUAAGAUGGCUCUGAAGUUCUUGAGGAAGAAAACAACCAAACUGAAGAGCUUCUUAAGGGAGUACAGCAUCUCUCUCUACCUGUCUCCCUGCCCCUUUAUCAUCAACAUGUUCGGCAUUGCCUUUGAGACAGACGACUACUACGUCUUCGCUCAGGAGUAUGCCCUGGCAGGAGACCUCUUCGACAUCAUUCCCCCAGGUGAGAUGAACAGGUGUGUGGGUCUUCCAGAGACGGUGGCUAAGCGUUGUGUCCACCAGGUGGCCAUCGCCCUGGACUACCUGCACAGUAAGAAGCUAGUCCACCGGGACAUCAAGCCUGAGAACAUCCUCAUCUUUGACAAAGAGUGCCGUAAGGUCAAGCUGUCAGACUUCGGCAUGACGCGGCGUGCCGGCUCCCCAGUGAAGCGUGUCAGCGGAACCAUCCCGUACACUGCACCGGAGUUGUGCGACGCCUCGCAGCACGAGGGCUUCUGCGUGGACUACACAACUGACGUGUGGGCCUUCGGUGUCCUCCUCUUCUGCAUGCUCACCGGCAACUUCCCCUGGGAGAAGGCCCUGCCGUCGGACGCCUUCUACCAGGAGUUUGUGCGCUGGCAGCGGCGCCGGACGGGCACGGUGCCCUCUCAGUGGCGGCGCUUCACAGACGAGGGGCUGCGCAUGUUCCGCAGGCUCCUGUCCAUUGAGCAGGAGCGCCGCUGCUCCGUUAAGGAGGUUUUCAGCUACUUCAACCACCACUGGAUGCUGGACAAUGAGCCGGGCAGCAGCAGCGUUGCGGGAGGAGGGUCAGUGGGCAGUGGGCCCCAGGUGGAGCUCAGCUCGUCGUCAUCUGAAGAGGAUGUGCUGGUGGACAGGCUAAAGCAGCAGAGCCUGAUAGAGCCCAUGGGCGGACACUACUCCUCCACCGGCUCCCCCUCCUCCACCAGCAGCUACGAACGUGUCUCCCGUGACAACGGAGGGGCCGGACGCAUCUUGGUGGCCACGCCCAUUGAAAUUUGUGUGUAGAGAUUGGCUAUGUGCACACACAUACACACACACUAACAUACGAAGGUCAAAUAACAGAGAACAAUCUUCCUGGUUAAAGGAAGAGGUGGGAGAACAGCCUGGUGUCAUAGACUAGAAGUAACAUAGUAAAUGUAAAUCCUCGACACUGAAAUUAUUAUGAUAUGUUACUUUUUGUAAGGUUACAUAAGACAGGUGGUUACUUAAAGCAAAAACGAAAGUUGGGUGGUUGGUCAGGCGUAUGACUCGAAUGUCUAGCAACCCAAAGGUUUGCAAAUUUAAAUCUCAUCACGGACAACUCUAGCAACUUUUCAACUACUUACUAGUUUUUAGCUACUUACCAUGUUAGCUAACCCUUCCCCUAACCUUAAC